UUCCUUCUGUUCACUCCACGGUAUGUUUGAGAAAGGGAUCCAUGGGAUUCGAUGAUCUAGGACAAAUGGUUCCUAGUGCCAAAAGUAAGGUCAGGCGCUAGUCCAUCACGUGCAUUCCCAAUGCGUUCGUCGUCAUCGGCGGCUGCCAAGACAGGAACCGCCGUCCCAUGACACCGCUCUUCAUCCUCUCUUGCCUCGUCUUGUCUCUCUUAUCUGUACCUCUGGUGAUUUCCCUUCCGUCAAUACUCUCGCAAAUUUACUUCAUUUCAGCUUAGCUAGUCCUUCGCUAUUACUUGAUUUUUAUACGGAACGAAAACUGCUGCUUUGUGCCCCUUUGCGACCAUGAAGCUCUUAUCAACCGCCGCUACAUUCCUCCUCUGCGUCGCCCCCUUCUCUACCGCCCGGUCUUUGGACUUUUUCAAAUCUCAAACUCCCAUCCAAGCAGAGAAUGAGGCUGUGAAAGGCGAUAACCCCCUCGAGUACUGCAAUGAUCCUUCAAGCUAUCUUUUGCAAAUAGAUCAUGUCGACUUAACGCCUAAUCCUCCUUUGCCUGGAAAGACUCUCACCAUCCAAGCUACGGGUACCCUGAAUGAGAAGAUUGAAGAGGGAGCUUAUGUGAACCUGGAGGUCAAAUAUGGCUUGAUUACUCUGGUCAGGCAGACGGCCGACCUGUGCGAGCAGAUUGUCAAUGUUGACCUCGAAUGUCCUCUGGAGAAGGGCGAGAUGACCUUGACUAAACAAGUUGAGCUGCCCAGACAGAUUCCUCCGGUACGUGAUUUCCUAUGGUACACCGCUCUCGAUGUCGAGAUUAACAAGGUCAUGAUCAAUCAACAGGGCAAGUACACUGUGCAUGCCGACGUUUACACCAAAGACGAUAAGCAUGUUACCUGCCUCCAGGCCCGUAACAUCGAGUUCAAGGCUGGCUUUAUGUGAAAGCUGACUCGGUGCUUCUGAGUACAUGGCCGCGAUGCAUAUUUUGCGCUGUUGACGCUGGAUGUCCUUGCGUUUUAUCGCCCAUAACGAGCUGACGUUACUACUUGCAUAUGUUGUCGUUUUGUUUCUCCGCUUGCCUCUACCUAAGCCCGCCUUCAUCCUUGAGCCUCACAGUGACAUGCCAAUGUUUACGAAAGCCAUGCCACGCUCUACGAUUGUGCUAACCUUUCGUUGCGCUACGUCUUCAACGGUGUUUUGGGUCUUGGUUUAGUGCCACAUAUUGUAGUCCAUCCUUAUCAUUGUUAUUAUAAUUCGUGACCUUCUUUCACUGGCAUUACCUAGCAUCUCUGUACUAAAAUGCAUAUGAAACAUUGAUCCUAUUGACAGCAUAGCCUAUGAAGCGUGCUAGUAAGUAGCCAGGC